UUAAGCAGGGUUGCAUGAGGUACCUACACAUAACGUUACGUUAGACAAUGUAUCACACACAGUAACGUAACGUUAGUCAAUGCAUCACACACAGUAACGUAACGUUAGUCAAUGUAUCACACACAGUAACGUAACGUUAGUCAAUGUAUCACACACAGUAACAUUACGUUAGUCAAUGUAUCACACACAGUAACGUAACGUUAGACGGUGGUCAGCAGCACCGCGUAUUUUAGCCACCUACAAAAAGACAAACAUAGUCAAAUAAAGGUCAGUUAAAAUGUAUACUAUAUUAAGAAUAUGUGUACAUAUUGCAUAGGGUCCUGACAUCUAAAAAGUACAACUCUGUUCAUUGUUAUGUUCAUAUAUUUGUUAUGUUUUUCAUGUGUACGCACACAUAAACACACAUACAGUAUGAGAUGAGAUCAAUGAGACAAGGUAAGAACAGGAUAGAAACUGCUGUGGAACUAGUUACAAUGCAAUAUGCCUGUUGGAAUAAUUGUUUGUAAGUUAUCACAAAAGAAAUGUUGUAUUAUGAAUGCUGUAUUUCGAGGCCUAACAAGAGGAAGAAGGCUCGUGAAACGCCACUGUGAUUUCAGCACGGACAGAUGGCAGGAUGUGCUCAACUCCUGGAGGAACUCUCUUUGAAGUGUUAAACGAACUCUCUUUGAAGUAAUUCACAAACUCUCUUCCAACUAUUUGGUCAACGCUAUUUACGACACGCUGCCCUCUUGAAGUCACUGUGGACAGGAGACGGGAGGGGUUGUCCAUUGUCCUCCAACACCUGCCCCGGCUGGAUCCAGGAAGAGCCCAAGCCCGAGAAAAUCCUCUUCUUGGACUUCAAAGCGACCGAAAACAAUGACUCUUUUACACACUUACCAAUUCCUGUUGUGACAUAUGUUGGUGCGUGAACAUGGAACAUCUGAAUUAAAAGAGGAGACGAGAACCUUCUUCGUCAGAGCAUGGUGCAGGACUGUGCAGAGAGUACAGCGGCCAUGUCUUUCCUCAAUAUUGAGUCCAAAUUUAAUUCUGUCUCUGUUUGAUUCCUUGCCUUUUGUCUUGUGUAACAGAUGUCCUGUGUUUGAACGUGACAUCUAAUUGGUCCUUUGAGCCGGAUUCCAACACGUCUGACGAUUCCAGCAUGAGUGAGUGAAACCAGAAAGACCAUGGCAUCCAAAUCCUGAUUGAGGAACUGCUUUUUCUUCAUUUCGGGCUGGAAUUGAAAGACUGACGGAAAUCCAAGGACAAGAGGAAGGAACGCAGAGAGCAUGAUUCACACGCUGCAGUAUUUCACCACUACGUCCUCUCAAGUUCCAAACUUCCCAGAGUUUGUGGAGGUUGGUUAUGUUGAUGGAGUUGAGAUUAGUUACUAUGACAGCAACAUCAGGAAAACAGAAUCCAAACAGGACUGGAUGAACAAAAUCACAGCAGAGGAUCCAAAAUACUGGCAGAGAGAAACAGAGAUGAGUGUUCAUAAUGAGUUAAUUACCAAACACAACCUUGAAGUUUUUAAGAAGCGUUUCAACCAAACUGGAGGUGUUCACAUUGUCCAGUGGAUGUCAGGAUGUGAAUGGAAUGAUGAGACUGAUGAGGUUAAAGGUUGGCAUCAGGAAGGUUAUGAUGGAGAAGAUUUCAUAUCGUUGGACAUGAAGACAUGGACAUUUACUGCAGCAAAACCACAAGCUUUCCCUGACAAACUCAAGUGGGACCAGAACAUAUUUCUACUAAACCACGAAAAGUAUUAUUACACUGAGCGUUGUCCUUCUUACUUGAAGAAGCAUGUGAAGAAUGGGAAGAAGGUCCUAAUGAGAACAGGUAGAAGCACACCUUGUACUUUCACCUUUUAACAUGUUAGCACUCCCCCUAUAGGAACAUUACUGACAUUACACUCUGUCUCUUUAUACUCUUUUCUCUUUCUCUCACCUUCUCUCCAUCUUUACCUCCAUCCACAUCUGCUCUCCAUCUUUACCUCCAUCCACACCUUCUCUCCAUCUUUACUUCCAUCCACACCUUCUCUCCAUCUUUACUUCCAUUCACACCUUCUCUCCAUCUUAACUUCCGUUCUCAUCUUCUCUCCAUCUUUACCUCC